AUGGGCAACUCGCCAUCGAAAUCGAAAAAUGGUCUUGCCCUUUCUAGGUCCGACACUGGCAUGUCCCAGAGGUCCAAUCGAUCGAUCCGCUCGCGUCUUUCGGGCUCCAAAGAGGACCUGCCUCGCUUGAGCAGCCGAAAGGGCUCGGCGACGUCGCUACCGAGGCCUGACAGCGUCCCCAAUGACGAUGGCGGCGCUCAGGAAUCUGCGAUUGCCGAUGACACCGACACCGACAACGACGCCUACAUCCAUCCGUCGAUGCAGACUCCUGAACCCAAACUGCCCAUCUUGAUCAGAAGGAAUACAAACGACACAGAAUUUUCGGGCAAUCUUUCGCUUCCCCCAACCAACGAGGACGGCGGCCAGCUCUCCAAAACGCCGACGAAUAGCAACUUCCAAACUCCUAGCGGCAGUCUCACCCCACAGGCUACCGGCGGCACUAAUAGCAACAACACCGACACCGCAACUGGCGACAAAUCCGAUACUGUGUCGGUGAGUUCCAAGCGAUCUGGUCGUUCGCUGAUCUCCGCAAGAACUGCUCCUUCGAGGCGUGGCUCCUCCAGGACUCUAGAGCCUGUGCAACAUGAAGGUUCUAACCUGUGUCUGAACCCACUUGAGAUCGAGGACUUCAUUCAGAGGCUCCUUGACGCCGGCUACUCUGGGAAAAGAACGAAAAACGUUUGUCUCAAGAACAAUGAGAUCCAGUUGAUUUGCUCCAAAGCUAGAGAGAUCUUCUUGCUGCAGCCUUCGUUGCUCGAGCUCAGUCCUCCCGUAAAAGUUGUGGGCGACGUGCAUGGCCAGUACCUCGAUUUGAUUCGAGUGUUCACAAAAUGUGGCUUCCCUCCACUGACAAACUAUCUAUUUUUGGGUGACUACGUUGACAGAGGCAAACAGUCGUUGGAGACGAUUCUUCUCCUUCUCUGUUACAAAAUCAAAUACCCAGAGAACUUUUUUCUUCUUAGAGGCAACCACGAGUGCGCCAACGUGACACGAGUAUACGGAUUUUACGACGAGUGCAAGCGCCGCUGUAACAUCAAGACAUGGAAGUUGUUCAUUGACACCUUCAACACAUUACCCAUAGCCGCCAUUGUCGCCGGAAAGAUCUUCUGCGUGCAUGGUGGGCUUUCGCCCGUUCUCAACUCGAUGGAGGAGAUAAGAAACAUCGCCAGGCCAACGGACGUGCCAGAUUUUGGCCUUCUCAACGACUUGCUCUGGUCAGAUCCCGCAGACACCAUGAAUGAAUGGGAAGACAAUGAGCGAGGGGUAUCGUACGUGUUUUCCAAGACAGCCAUUAACAAAUUUUUGCAGAAGUUUGGCUUUGACUUGGUUUGUCGGGCGCACAUGGUUGUGGAAGACGGGUACGAAUUUUUCAACGAUCGAACAUUAGUGACGGUGUUCAGUGCACCCAACUACUGCGGAGAGUUUGACAACUGGGGCGCCGUAAUGAGUGUGAGCGACGAAUUGCUCUGCUCGUUCGAGUUGCUCGACCCAUUAGACUCGGUAGCAUUGAAGCAGACCAUGAAGAAAGGCAAGCAGGAGCGAAAGCAGGCACAGUUGGUGCGGCAACAGAGCAGAUAG